GAAUACUCAGUUUAAAUGGGUAGUGUGCCUAAAAAUGGAGUUUCAGGGCUUUAUUCCCUGAACAUCAGAAAACGUGUAUUUCCUGUCAUCUUCCAGGUGGGUGAUGGCACCACCUCAGUGACCUUGCUGGCUGCAGAGUUUCUGAAGCAAGUGAAACCCUAUGUGGAGGAAGGUUUACACCCCCAGAUCAUCAUUCGAGCUUUCCGCACAGCCACCCAGCUGGCGGUUAACAAGAUCAAAGAGAUUGCUGUGACUGUGAAGAAGGCAGAUAAAGUGGAGCAGAGGAAGCUGCUGGAAAAGUGUGCCAUGACCGCUCUGAGCUCCAAGCUGAUCUCCCAGCAGAAAGCUUUCUUUGCUAAGAUGGUGGUGGAUGCAGUGAUGAUGCUCGAUGAUUUGCUGCAGCUUAAAAUGAUUGGAAUCAAGAAGGUACAGGGUGGAGCCCUCGAGGAUUCUCAGCUGGUAGCUGGUGUUGCAUUCAAGAAGACUUUCUCUUACGCUGGGUUUGAAAUGCAACCCAAAAAGUACCACAAUCCUAAGAUCGCCCUUUUGAAUGUCGAGCUCGAGUUGAAAGCUGAGAAGGACAAUGCUGAGAUAAGAGUCCACACAGUUGAGGAUUAUCAGGCAAUUGUUGAUGCUGAGUGGAACAUUCUCUAUGACAAGUUAGAGAAGAUCCAUCAUUCUGGAGCCAAAGUUGUCUUGUCCAAACUCCCCAUUGGGGAUGUGGCCACCCAGUACUUUGCUGACAGGGACAUGUUCUGUGCUGGCCGAGUACCUGAGGAGGAUCUGAAGAGGACAAUGAUGGCGUGUGGAGGCUCAAUCCAGACCAGUGUGAAUGCUCUGUCAGCAGAUGUACUGGGUCGAUGCCAGGUGUUUGAAGAGACCCAGAUUGGAGGCGAGAGGUACAAUUUUUUUACUGGCUGCCCCAAGGCCAAGACAUGUACCUUCAUCCUCCGUGGUGGUGCCGAGCAGUUUAUGGAGGAGACAGAGCGGUCCCUGCAUGAUGCCAUCAUGAUCGUCAGGAGGGCCAUCAAGAAUGAUUCAGUGGUGGCUGGUGGCGGGGCCAUUGAGAUGGAGCUCUCCAAGUACCUGCGGGAUUACUCAAGGACUAUUCCAGGAAAACAGCAGCUGUUGAUUGGGGCGUAUGCCAAGGCCUUGGAGAUUAUCCCACGCCAGCUGUGUGACAAUGCUGGCUUUGAUGCCACAAACAUUCUCAACAAACUGCGGGCUCGGCAUGCCCAGGGGGGCACGUGGUAUGGGGUGGACAUCAACAACGAGGACAUUGCUGACAACUUUGAGGCCUUCGUGUGGGAGCCAGCUAUGGUGCGGAUCAAUGCGUUGACAGCAGCCUCUGAGGCUGCGUGCCUGAUCGUGUCUGUAGAUGAAACCAUCAAGAACCCCCGCUCAACUGUGGAUGCUCCCCCAGCAGCAGGCCGGGGCCGUGGUCGUGGCCGCCCGCACUGAGAGGUACCCCACCUGUCACAUGACUGGCUGGCUGCUGGGUGCACCUACUCUCCUUGGCUUGGUUACUUCAUUUUACAAGGAAGGGGUAGUAAUUGGCCCACUCUCUUCUCACUGGAGGCUAUUUAAAUAAAAUGUAAGACUUCGGA